GUCAUUCACAGCAACAAAGUAAGUUUGUAGAGGAGCGUCUGCGCGCCAACACUGACCAAACAUGAAAUAUCUUCAGCUUCUUCCUCUUCUGCUCCUCAUCCUCCAGAGCCACGAGGUCCAUAUGAACACAAUUGAGAAGAACCAGGACUGUGCUUGGAGUUGUUCUGAGGGUCUACAGUGUAAACCCAGAGCUUACUCUCCACUGUCAGAAUUUCCCUGCAGAGAUCAGCCUUCUCUCAGCGGCGUGUUCAGUAAUGUGAUGUUGUCUACCGCUUUGGCGUGUGAGGAGAGGAAAUGUUCACUCCAGCUCAGAAUUGCAACAUCAGUGAAUGUUACUGGUGAUAUCCGUGGAGUUUUAGUGUGUGCUGAUUCUGCAGGGAUGAUAGGACAUUGCCAGAUUUAUACAUUUGGCAGAGUUGGCAGAGGAAACGCCACAGGAAAACAGGUUGAUGUGCAGUUUAAGUGUGUUCCCGUUAGACCUGGACAGCAUAUGUUUGUGACUCUCAAAACGAUUCCCAACUACUGUACGGCCAUGCAGUCACAACAACACAUUGUUCCCGAAUGCAGUCAUGAAGGAAUCAGAGACUCAAUUGCAGAGUGCAUCACUGGGAAGCUGGCAUACACUGUAGAUAAAGACAGGAAUACAUUAACAGUGAAAGUGACUAAUGCUCGUGAGGACACAGAUUACAAUCUCAGGCUCUGCCAUAAACGCAGUGUUAUCUGUGCAGGGGAAGGGCCACACAGAACGAUAAAACCACAACAUCUGCAGAAAAGCAUAACGCUUCAGUAUUCCAAAGCAUUACCCUGUUUGUGCAUUGAGGGUUGGCCUGCCAGAGCAGAUGCACGGAGAGUUCAAGUGUGUCCAUUCAAAAACAAUUUAGAAGAACUGUGGUCUGGGAUAACCUAUGACUUCAGUAAGGACGAGCUGAUAUGGGAGCCGCUGUGUCCUGUCAAAGUGUCAGUUUCUCUAUGCCAUGUUGAUGGAGGAAAAAGCUGCCGAGACCUCGGAAAUGUUUUUCAUUCAAAGGGGGAAAAAGUGAUAUUCUCCUCUGUGGAUCCACACCCUACUCUUUGCACGAAGUUUACUACUGAAGUGGGGACAUGGAUUAAGUGUCCUUUUGCCAAAGGGAAUUUCUCAGUUUGGACAGCAAAGAUGACAUCAAAAAAUGGUCAGCAGUGGGCAGAGAUAUCAACAUGGGUCAAAGCCAACUUCUCAGUUUCAGUGUGUGAGAUGAAACCAUCUUCUAAGUGCAAACAAAUCGAGGGAAACAAGUCCCAAACCCUUUCUGUGGGCAAAAUGAAGCGCACAGUUUUCAACUUGUCUAAAAAUGCAUGUGAAGUGUGUGUUUGCAUCCAGGUCCAGAGGGUAGAUGUGCACUUCUCAGUCCCUGUACUUCAGUGCGACUUGCAGUGUUUAAAUUGGUGUCGUGCCCAGGAGAGAAGUCACUUUCAGGACAUUGAGAAGAUCUUACUGUCUGCUGUCAUUUUUCUGACAGUGAUCCUGGCAGCUGCCUUGUUUGGUAGAUUGACAAUUAAAGGUAAACUGACAGCAGUUCGACACACCUGUUGCCGCUGGCUUGAAGGAAAUGGUGAGAAUGUUGUUGGUAACAGUACACAUUUGGUCUGAGAUGAUAGAAUCCACGACAAAAGAAUUCUAAAUGUAAGUUUAAUGACCAUUUCCAGUCAAAAUAAGAGUAGUAAUAAUAAUAAUUAAAAGCAAAUGCCAGAUGGAAGGCUUCAACUCAAGUCAAAUAAUAGUAGACCUACCAGUUCCAAACCCGCAUUUAUGCAAAAUGAAUUGGGUGUGGACUUGUUGCAAUAAAUAAGAUGCAAAUCUCUGAUAUACUGGUUGCUAGACUCCAGUUGCUACUGUUUGUUUUUCUUGGAAAUUUCUUGGUUUAUUUUCAUGUGUUUGUUUCUGG